AUGCAUGCAAAGGAAGAAAUAGAAAUGAAUGAGUUCUAAAUUGAAGAUCCAUAAGAACUAUCAGUACAAGAGCAAAUCUCAGAAAAAAUGAAACCUGCCAUUUCAAAUCCAGAAAUAAAAGCCAUCAUAAGGUUUACUGUAUUGUAUUUUGUUAUUGGAAUACCGGCUGGAUUUUAUUCCUCCUUGACCCUCCUACUAUAGGGAAGCGGUAUUUCAUCUGGUUAAAUGGCUUUUUGGGUUACUAGUUUUUAUCCACUGUCUUUCAAGUUGAUUUUGGCUCCCUUUGUUGAUAGUUUCUAUAUAGCAAAAUUUGGAAAGAGGAAAACUUAUGUGAUACCAUCUUUGUAUAUGGUUGGUUUCACAUUUCUAACUUUGGCAUACAGUGGAUACUCAUAAUGGAUUGAACACCUAAAUUUGUAUCCUUUAUUUGGAUUGACCAUAUUGCUCACAGUUUUGCAAGCGUGUGCAACUAUAGCAACUAAUGGUUGGGUUCUAUCCUCCUUUUCCAAACAUUACGUUCAUUUGGGAGCAACUUGUUAAAUGGUUGGAUUGUCAUUAGGGUAUGUCUUUAGCUAUGCUAUUUUGAUGAAUAUCACAUCCCCUUACUUUUGUCAUUAAUAUUUGGGUUUAGACUAACCAAUCAUAUCAUUAAACUCAUACACAUACAUUCUAGGAUCAUUAAUUUUAUUUAUUGCCAUCCUAACACAAUGUUUGGUUACUGAAGAUCCUGUGGAAGAGGAAAAGACUAAUUUUAUAUCAGUUUUAAAAUUAUCCUUUUCAUUGUUAAGCAAUUCAAAUUUAAGAUUUUUAUUACUCUUUUUAUUAACAAGAAGAUUUGCAUUUGCACCUGUAAUAGCUUCAACUUCAUUAAACUUAAUUUAAAUGGGAUUUCCAUAAUCCGAAUAUGCAACUAUUGAAGCAAUAUGCACAACAUCUUGGAUAUUGAGUUCUUUAUUGGUUGCUAAAUACUUAUAAAGAGGGAAAGAAAUGACCUGGGUGUUAAAUGCUUAUUAUUUCAUGUUUUUGGUAAUGGGUGCUCAUUUCGUUUAUGUAAUUAGCUUCAUUAAAAUGGGAGGUUACAACAAUUUUACUUAAACUCUUUAUUUUGUCUUAUAAUAUUUAUAUGAAUUUAACAAUUCCUUUAUUUCCUGCACAUUGUCUGGAUUUUUUUUGAGAAUUGCUGAUCCUGCAAUCGGAGGAACCUAUGCUACUCUAUUAUUUAGCAGUUAUUUGUUUGGAACUCAGUUUUCAGCAAGUGUUUCAUUGUUUUUGUUGCAUUUACUUCCUUAUAAGACUGUUGUGCUGUUGGGAUGGUUGUAUGGAUUGAUUUACUUUACGGUUAUCAAAGAUAAAUUAAUUAAAUUACAAUAUUUCGAUCUAAAAUCUUGGAAGGUCAUGUGA